UAGUUUUACUGAAUGAAGAAAAAUAUAAAUUUUGAAAGAAAAAUUAAAAAAAAACUUGAAUAUUUAUUAAUACCACUUAACACAAUAUUUCGUAGCCGAAAUGGUUUUCGAAGCUGUUGUUUGUGAUAUCGUUAAUAAAAUUGUGGGAGAUUAUAUCGAAAAUUUGGACAGCAAGCAAUUAAAAAUUGGAAUAUGGGGAGGUGAUGUGAUUUUACACGAUCUUAAACUUCGAGAAAAUGCGUUAGAUGAUUUGGAUUUGCCAGUUCAACUUGUGUAUGGACAUUUAGGUGAUUUUGUUUUGAAAAUUCCGUGGAAGAAUUUAUACAGUCAACCCGUCGAGGCCAGAAUUGAAAAUUUGUAUGUUCUUAUCACACCUAAACAAGCAUUAAGAUACAAUCAAGAAAAGGAAGAAAAAUAUGAAUUGAGUGCAAAAAAGGCAGUUUUAGCAAAAAUAGAUGAGGCAAAGGAAUAUGAAUUGGAAAAAGAAAAAGCUGCAAAAGAUAAAACUUUUACUGAAAAAUUAACAGCACAAAUAAUAAACAACUUGCAAAUCAAAAUUGCAAAUAUUCAUAUAAGAUAUGAAGACGCAAAUACAACGGGAAAACCUUUCGCGUUUGGGAUAACGUUACGCAAGUUGGAAUUAUACACUACAGAUGCCGAUUGGGUUAAAACGUUUUUAUCUGAGCAAGUUAGCAAAGUAUUUAAGGUUGCUGACCUUGACAGCUUAGCUGCGUAUUUAAAUUGUAAUAGUAAAGAUAUGUUUUCUCAUAAUGAUAUAUCUGAGUAUGAAAAGCUUUUUAGUGAAACUAUUGCUUAUCAAAAUCACUUGCCCAAAUAUUAUAAAUAUGUAAUUGGACCUAUUUCCUGUUUGGCAAAACUAAAACUUAAUAUGAAUCCUGAGCUCGAUACCCCAGCAUUUGAAGUUGCUAAAGUAGAUUUAUAUUUAGAAAUGCAAAAACUUAAUAUAAAAUUGAAUGAUGCACAAUUUCAUGAUCUUUUAAAACUGGCUGAUGCAAUGAAUCGCAUGCAACUGGGCUUACCGUAUAGGAAAUACAGACCAUAUAACAAAAGUUAUAAGGGAAAUUACAAAGAAUGGUGGAAUUUUGCUAUUACAUGUAUAUUGGAAGAAACUGUUAACAGAAAAAGACGCAACUGGUCAUGGGAUCACAUAAAAAAACACAGAAAGUUUUGCAAUGAAUAUAAAGAGUUGUUAAUUAAUAAACUGAUGUCUAAAAAACCUAAUAAUACUGCAAAUGAAAUGUUGGAUUUUUAUGAAAAAGAAUUGGACUUGUUCAAUUUAAUAUUAAUUAGAAAUCGGGUCCACUUGGAAGUUGAAAAAAAACGGCAAGAAGAACAAGUUAAAAGCAAUACUAAAACUUCUUGGUUUGGUGGUUGGUUCGGAUAUUCAUCGACACAGGAAAAAUCAUCAAAUGAAAUUGUUGAAAAAUUUCAAACUGCUAUGACUGCUGAAGAAAAGAAAAAACUGUAUGAUGCUAUUGGGUACCACGAGAGUCAGAUUGACCUUAUUUAUCCUGAAUCCUAUGAAGCAAUUCAAUUAAAAUUCAAACUGAUUGCGCUCGAAAUUGGACUUUUCUGUGAAAAAGAAUGUUCUUUAAACAAAAAUAAUGCUCAAUUAGAGAAUUCAUUAGAUGACCAAUCACAAGAACUGAUGAUGUUAGAAUUUUCGGUGGUAACCUGCGAAAUUUCACAAAGGCCAGCUGCAAAUGCCUUAAAAGUUAUUGCUGGUAUGAAAGACAUGAAAUUGAUAGGACUUCAAAGAGGUGAUUUUGUUCCAGAACUUAUAAGUUCUAAUUUAACAGAUGAAUUUAAUUUGCUAAAUGUGCAUUUUGAAAAAAAUCCCAUCGAUAAGAGCUGUGAUCAAAAACUUAAGAUCGUUGCAAAAUCUCUUCGUGCUAUUUAUGACAGCGAUACUAUACUUACUUUACUUCAAAAAUUCAGCCCACCAAAAGUGAAUCUUUCAGAAUUUGAAGAAGCUGCUUAUGAACAAAUGCAAAGAAUUUCUGAACGAUCUGCCUUAGGACUUGAAUAUAUGGUCGAAAAGCAUGAUAUAGUGUUUGUAGAUGUUAGCUUUGAACCUAGUAUAGUGCUGAUUCCCAAAGAUGGUGUUUACUAUAAGAAUGAAAGUUCUGCAAUAGUAUUAAGUUUGGGGAAAUUGACAAUUAAUAGUGAACCACGUACUACUGAUACUACAAUAGCAAAAAUGACUGGGUCUGGAGUGGACAAAGCAACAAUUCUUCAAAGAAUAAUGGAUCAAGCCUAUGAUAAAUAUAAAUUAGCUUUGAAUGAUAUACAAAUUUUAGUUGUAACGCCGAAAGAAAAUUGGAAAGAAACCUUGCUGGAAAGUAAAUUUACUGCCAUGCACUUAUUAUCUCCAACAUCAUUAUUUGUUAAUGCAGAUAUUUGUGCAAUUGACGAUGACCCAAGGUUACCAAAAGCUAAAGUUGAAGCGUUACUACCAAAUUUGUGCUUAUAUUUAUAUGAGAAUCGAAUGAUGUUGGCUUUGGAAAUUGCAACAAGUAUUCCAACUCCAGAAGAGGCAAAACCGGAAGAACCCAUGCCUUUAAAAAAAGCCCAAAGCUUUUUGUCUACAAGAUCAUUAACUGCAUUUGAUAAAAAUCGGAAAGCGAAGGCUAAACCCAAGCCAGAAAAAUCUGUGGAGGAAUCGGUUGUGCAAUAUACAACAUUGCAAAUGGGAUUUUCUCUUCAAGAAUUCAAAGUGGUUCUAAUGAAAUCUGAAGAAGAAAAUAAUGAUGCUGAAACACCACCAGAAACGUAUUUGACACCAGUCGAAGAUAUAAAUAUAACGCAAGAAUUCGAUACUUUUGAUCAAAAUCAACAUAAAAAACUGCUAGAACUAAAAAUAUUACAACUAGAUACAUUUUUUGCUAAAAGAACAUAUGAAAUGAUUGCAACUAUCAAAUUAGGUGCAAUUAAUUUAUUACAAGAUGAUGAAAGUCUUUCAGAACCUUUAGCUAUAAUUGAUACACCUGGGUUUGUUAAAGAUCGUGAAUAUUUACUUACUAUUGAUUAUACAAUGGCUGAUCAACGAUCACCAGUUUUUAAGACUAAUUAUGCAUCAACAGAGCAAUUUAUUCAAAUACAUUUCAGUAUUUUACUUGUAGUUUUACAUCAAGAAUGUCUCCAAAAGUUAUUAGAAAUAAGUGACAAUAUACAAAGAAAAAUAAAAUCGAAAACAGAACAAUUUGUGCCGGUUAAUCAAGAUCGUUUUGCUGAUGCUGAUACAAGAAGUAUAUCUUCAACAAUGUCUAGAAUUCAAAAAGGUGGUGAAGUCUUAAAAAAAAGUUUAACAGCAGCACAACAAAAGAAUUUAAAAAGGAUUACUGUUGUGGAAAGUAUUAAAAUGAGAGUUGUCGCCGAUUUUAAAAACUUAUCUGUGGAAAUCACUUGUUCCAAACGUCCAAUUGCUUUACUUGAAAUAAAAAACUUUUUUUCAGAUUUAAUACUUAAAUCAUCUUAUACUGAAGUUUCAUUCGGUUUAAAAAAUAUUCUGAUAACAGAUUUAAACCCUCACACCAUACACAAAAAUAUUCUUUCUAUUAUUGGCGAAAAUGUAUUUAAAUGCCAAGUUGUAAUAUAUAACUUAGAAGAAACCAAAAAUUUUAAUUCUGACAAUAUGAAAAUUGAAGUUAACAUUGGCUGUGUAAAAAUUUUAUUUUUGUAUUGGUUCGUUAACUCAGUUCUUACAUUUUUAAAUAACUUCCAAGCUGCACAAAAUGCUUUGGCAGAGGCUAGUACAAGUGCUGCCGAUGCUGCUAAGCAAAAUGUUGUGGAAGCUUAUGGGCAAUCAAAAAGGAUACGAAUGAAUGUUCAAGUAAAGGCUCCCAUAAUUAUUGUACCAAUAGACUCAAAAAGCCUGACCGGAAUUUGUUUGGAUUUAGGAUAUCUAAGAUUUACAACACAUACGAUGGAAGCCAGAAUUGGAAAGGAUAAUACUAAAGCCAUAAUAGAUGAAAUAAAAUUAGAUUUGUCAGAUUUGAAAUUAGGAAAUGUUGUCGCCAAAAAAGAUUUCGCUGAAGUAAUUUUGAAUACAGGUGAACUUUGUGAAUGUCAAACAGUAAAAAGUAUAUUAGAGCCAGUAAGCUUUACUAUUUGUGUUAAAAGGAAUGUAACACACAUGCUCUUUGAUGAUCAACCAGAGUUAGAUGCUUCUGGUCACCUAAAGUCAAUACACGUUACAUUGCACGAAGAGGAUUAUCGUCUUGUCAUGUCUAUUUUGGAUAAAAAUUUGAGCGAAGGGUUACAAGAAUUUGAAACAAAAUCUGCUGUUGUCGCAAGUCCUCCGCGAGAAAAACAAAUUGCAGUAGCAGACAUUCAUUCACCAGCAGCCUCACCUGAUGCCAAAGAAAAAAGUGCUAAACAUAAAGUUGGCGUGAUUGAAACAAUAGCUGAAGAAGUUUCAGAAGAAAAACUUACCUUGAUUAAAGAUCAGUUGAGAUUUAAUUUUCAAUUUGAUGGUGUUAUAAUCAACUUUCUUGAUUCGAAUGGCGGGGGUCUGGCUGAAUUCGGUUUACAUUUCUUAUCAAUAAAAGGAAAGAGAUUGACUGAUGGAACAUUAAGUACAUCUAUUAUUCUUUGUGAUAUCCAAUUAGAUGACGCUAGACCGGAGUCAAAAAGUAAAAUAACCAGAUAUUUGUCACGAAAAGAGACACUUUCAUCAGAUUUUGAAAAUCAAAAUGCACAACAGUUGAAAAGUUCAAAAACCCAUAUGUUGGAUGUAGUAGCAAUUAUUACAUCGGAAGAAACAUUUGCGGAAGUUAAAGUUUCUGGUUUCAAUCUUAUUAUUUCCUUAGAGUUUUUAAUAAGAAUAUGUGACUUUUUUGUUAUUCCUGAACAAACGGAUCCACCUGUUGACGUAGUAAUCACCGACCAAAGAAAUGUUUAUCCAGGUUCGACUUCCAAUAAAAUUCCAGUUGCAAAGGUUGAAGAUCCCAAACCAAAGGGGAAACUUAAGUUUGUACUUCAUGUGGAAGAGCCGGAUAUAAUUCUUGUGGAAAGCUUGGAUGAUAUGAAUACAUAUGCUAUAAUAUUUAACACGCAAAUUGAAUUAAAUUAUAAGAUGAUUGAGAAUAAGCAAUUAGUUUAUGCGGAAAUCAAAGAAUUAAAAAUGUAUAUGUGUGCUUUUAAGCCGGAGAGAAGAGAAGGAACGACUCAUUACAUAAUUCAUCCAUGUUCUAUUGUUCUACAGGGCUCUACACCAGAUGAAGAAGGACUGCAUUUAAGUUUAAAAUGUUCAGAUAUUAUUAUAAAUAUUUCACCAGGAACAAUGGAGCUAUUGAAUAAAGCAAUUGCUGUAACAACUAUGAAAAGUGAUAAAAAAAAUAUGAACACUGCUACCGAACAAAAUUUGAAGAAUAUGUGGGAAAUCGAACAAUAUUCUGAUCAAGAAUUUUGGUUUAUGAAAACAGAAAAAGCAGAAGACGUUUUGAUUACGGACUUUGAAAACAUUCAAAAACGUUCAAUGAAAAAUAAAGAGGAGCAGUGCGUAAUAGAAGUUCCUUCAAUUGUUAUUAUUUUUGAAACUGGAAUAGGAUUUUUUACAACGCCUAUGCUGUUUUUAGAUACAAAACUGGAGGGUUGCGCUUAUAACUGGAGCUCAAAUAUACGUAUUAACGCUUCGAUGACUUUAGUUGUAAAUUAUUUCAACAAUAGUCUUGCUGUUUGGGAACCUUUAAUAGAACCAAUAGAAAAAUUCCAAAAAAACGGUAUACAGGAAUAUGAACCAUGGCAGUUAGACUUUUCAAUGGAAGUUGGUCAAAGUGAUGAAGAAUCUGAAGAAAAUACUAUUACCAAAAUACAAAUAAAGUCUGUAGAAAACUUAGAAAUAACAUUGAGCAGAACUUGUUAUGAUUUGUUGCUGACACUAAGUGAAGCAUUCUCAGAAGCAUUAGACGAAAAAGGUUUAUCGAAACCUCAAGUUAUUUCUGCAUAUACCGUUCAAAAUCAUACUGGUUUUGAUAUUACUAUUAAAUUUCCGAACUCUAGCAUAUUUACCUUAAAUGAAUGUUAUAUAUCUAAUUCAUCUUUUGAUGUAAAUGAGGGGUUGCAAAAACAAAUAAUAUUUCAGGCUCAGAAUGAAAAAUCUUCUAAUAUACAACCAGAAGAUAUAUUAGAAUGUAUAGUAUCGCCUGGAGGUAAAGUUUAUUUGCAAACAAAACGUCAUUCAAUGUUAGAAGCUGGAGAUGAAAGCGAAACUAUGGACUUAACUAUACCAGAGUACAACUUGAUUGUUCAGAUUGGAGAAAUACAAAAGGAUUUAGUGUUACCUGUAAGUAAAUCUGAUAAACGAUAUUUUCCACUAUAUCGUGAUAUGAACCAGGAACCAUGGGGAAUUGUUUCGGAAGUUAAAACUGAAUUUGGAACUACUAAAAUAAAUAUUCAUGGUGUUGUUGGAAUCCAAAAUCAUUUCAAAACUAGUAUUAAUAUAUCCAAAAGUCGGGAUGCUAAUGAUGAACUUUCUUUUAUUGGAAAUGUUGGUCCAAACGAAAUAUUUUUCUUACCCCUGUACGCCAUAUAUCCCUCAUCAAAGGAGUUAUAUAUAAGUUUACCAGGAUAUACCUAUUCGGUGCAAGGCAUAAAAUGGAAUGAUAAAAUAACAGAAAUGGGUUAUAAACGUCAAAUACAAUGUGACCCCAUUACCACUUUUGAACCACUGUAUAUCAAUGUUAUUAGAGAAAAAAGUGAAAUCUAUCAUGAAACAACUUCAAUGCAUACUAUUGCAAGUGCAUUUUACCUUAUUCAUUUAAGACCGCCAUUAUAUUUUCGUAAUUUUCUACCAAUUCAAGUUAAGUUAUCAGUCAGCGGCUGUAGUGUUAAAUCUGGCUUUUUAGACGAUGUUGAUUCUAAAUCAAAGUUAUCUGUUCAAAAAGAAGAUUUCUUAGAUUAUGGCGAAAAAUCGGUAGAUCCUGGUGACGUAUUGCAAUUACCUACUGUUAAAUUGACGGGAAAAGUUGGAGAAACCAAAAGUUAUAUAGUACUUAGGUUGCUACAAUACCUUGAAAAGGAUUGGUCUUGCACAACUGAAAUUCCGCAAAAUUAUGAAGAGUUUGAGACAUGGACUUUUUCAUCUUACGAUUCAGCCGCUAAAAUGGAUCUGGAUUUGGGAGUAAGAUUUGAAAAUCGUCACGGGAGCUUAAUGGUUACUUUAUUUAGCCCAUUUUGGCUCAUUAAUAAAACCGGACUCUUACUAACUUACAAGGUUCAGCUAGACUCAAUAAAUUUGUUAUAUCACCCACCAGAUUAUCAUUUACCGAUACUUUUUUCAUUCAAAAAGAAAUUAUUUGCAAAGAAAAGUAUUACGAUUCGUGUUGAGAAUGGUGAAUGGAGCGAAAAAAUUCCUUUAGAUAUUGCUGGUGCAGCAGGAGAUGUUAAAUGCGAGCUUGAAGGAAAUACUUAUAAGAUUGGUGUCCAUAACCAUUUGACAUAUAAUUCUCUAACAAAGCAAAUUACUUUUAUUCCAUAUUUUGUUGCAAUAAACAAAUGCAUCGAUUUUAGCAUAGAAAUUCAAGAACAUAAUCGCCCCGCUGAUCCUUGGACAACGAUUGGACCUGACGAAUGCAUUCCCUUUUGGCCUCAAGGUGAGGCUAGCAAUAGGAUGGUAGUUAGAAUACUAGGAGAAACACAAAGUUCAGUUCCUUUUCCUUAUGACGAAGGCCACCAUACUUUAUUAAAAUUAGAUAACAGCGUUUUCGGUGCUGUUAAUGUUGAUGUACAGGUAACCGAGGGUGGAACGUAUAUAACAUUUAAGCAAUAUAAUGUUGGUGACGCACCUGGUCUUCUCAUAAAUCAUACAAAUUCCAGUAUAAUAUAUUGGGAAAAGAAAGAUGUCAAUCGAAGUUCAUUGGACCCAAACGAGAAAGUGCUUUUAACUUGGGGUAAUCCUUCUGGCGAAAGAAUUAUAGUAUGGCAAGAUGGUAAACAUGAAAUUGAAAGCGAUUUGAGACGCGAUGGAGUUGGAAAGUUUAAGCUUAAUAAUUCAACGACAGCAUAUUGGGUUAGUUUCCUAGAUGGACUUCAAAGAAUAAUUUUAUUCACUGAAACGGAAUGGAUAGCGGAGCAAGCAGAAAGUAAUGCAAAUUUGCAAAAAAUUAAUCAGGAUAUAGAAUUUUCAUUGCAUGGGAUAGGAAUAUCUAUUGUAAACAAUAUUAGCAAAGUCGAUAUAACAUAUUUAUGUAUUAAAAGUUCAGGAAGAAUAUGGCAGUAUCAAAAAUCCAAAAGUAACAGAUGGAAACAAUUAAAAAUUGCUCAAAAUGAAUUGAUAGAAACCAAAUAUCAAGAAUAUUUAAAUGAACAACGUGUGGGUAAUGAAAUGAAACAAUAUUCAUUAUCUGAAGAACAAACUGAUAUCGUGAAUUUUAAAGAAAUGACUUGGUCUAAAACUGUAAAAGAUAUUAGAAAAUUAAAAAGAACUUUUUAUCCAGGAGUAUGGAUUUCUAUGAAGAGCUCGCCAUUCCAGAUGCAAAUUCAUGCGAAAAUUAACCGUAUUCAAAUAGAUAACCAGUUAACUGAUUGCGUAUUUCCUGUUGUUUUGGCACCAAUUCCACCACCAAAAACUGUGGCGGCUUCUAUUGAAUUUAAGCCAUUCAUCGAAAGUAGCAUAGUUAAGAGAGUAAUUCCUAAUUCUAAUAUGAACCAGUUUAAGUAUUGCACGCUACUAAUACAAGAAUUUCAUAUCAAAGUUGAUCUGCCUUUUCUGACUGCACUGUCCGAAAUGUUUACUACAGACACAACAGAUCAACAAGCCGCAAAACUUUUUGCUGAAGAUGUUGGUUCAAUUCAAAGUCCACUUUCAGAUUUAGUAGCUUCACAUUCUCUAGCUGAGUUAAAACAUUUUUACGACAAUUUGCAUUUGGGUCCAUUAAAGAUCCAUGUUUCCUUCUCACUAGCUGGCGCUGAGCCUGGAGCUUUACCAGGCAUACUUUCGCCAAUAGUACAAGGUGUUGGAGUUACACUUACAGAUGUUAAUGAUGUUGUAUUUAGAUUGGCAUACUUUCAAAGAGAAUAUUCAUUUUAUACGAAACAGCAGUUACAAUCAGAAAUAACGACGCAUUAUGUUGGUCAAGGUUUAAAACAACUAUACGUUCUAGUUUUUGGAUUAGACGUUUUAGGAAAUCCUUAUGGGUUAGUCGUUGGUAUAACAAAAGGAGUUGAAGAUUUAUUUUAUGAACCGUUUCAAGGAGCUAUUCAAGGCCCAGGAGAAUUUGUUCAGGGUUUGGCUCUCGGUGUAAAAUCAUUAUUUGGUCACACAGUAGGAGGAGCCGCUGGUGCAGUUUCAAAAAUAACUGGUGCCAUGGGUAAAGGAAUAGCAGCACUUACUUUUGACAAAGAAUACCAACGAAAACGAAGGGAAGCUUUGAAUAAAAAACCAGCGAAUUUCCAAGAACAGAUUGCUAGAAGCGGAAAGGGUUUAGUAAUGGGCGUUGUUGAUGGUGUAACCGGAGUUUUUACAAAGCCAAUAAGUGGAGCCAAAGAAGAAGGUGUUGGUGGAUUCUUUAAAGGACUAGGAAAAGGGGCUAUUGGUUUAGUGGCAAGACCAACCGCAGGAGUUGUUGAUUUUGCCAGUGGAAGUCUGGGAGCUGUAAAAAGAUGCACGGAAACUCUUGAAGAGGUACAACGUGUUAGACCUCCACGUUUUAUUCAUCCUGACAAUGUUUUGAAACCUUACGCUUACUAUGAAGCUCACGGAAAUAAAAUGCUUAAAGAAAUAGAUAAAGGCAAAUAUGCGCACACAGACGAAUUUAAACAUUGUGAAGAAGUACAAAAGAGUGGGGAACUAGUUAUAGUUACUAAUCAUAGAGUUAUGUACGCAACAAAGAAUGAUCUAUUUGGUACCUGGAGUAUUCAAUGGACUUAUCGUUGGCCUGAAAUAUUUUCGAUUAAGUCAACCGAAAAUUCCGUGAUUGUGGUGAUAAAAGGUAACACCAAAAAAGGUUUGUUUACGUCUUCUGAACCGAUUCAAAAAUUAAUAGAACCUAAGCAUAAAGCAAGAAUUGCAUUACUAACGGAACUAAUGAGUUCUUUGAAAUCGUUAGAUGGCGAAUAAAUGUUCACAAUUUUUUUUAUUGCAAACAACCCUAUAUCCACACAUUAAAUUUUUCUAGCUUUUUAAAUCAAUUAAAACAAAAACUUAUUCAAUCACGUUAGGUUUUCCUUAUAUUAAAUUUGUUGAAUUAUGAAAAUGGAAACAUUUACAUAUAUCAUUUAGCAAUUAGAGGACCAUAAAUAACAUAAAAAAAAUCUUUAAUUCAAUUGAAAAUUGAUAUUGACAUUCGCGUCAAAAGUUCAAAUUUAAAACAUGAAAAAAGUAACAAAAAAAAUAUAACUGCAUGUAAAAAAGUUUUAUAUAAAAUUUCACGCUU